AUGGAGAAGGACGGCGGCGAUGGCCUCCGCCACCACGCCAUCCGGCUCCCGCUCACAGUUGCAGCAAUGGAGGGCUCGGACUCGGAGAUCACCAGCAACGGAGGACCAAGCCUCUCGCUGCGCCAGAAAGCGUCUUCGAUCAUGGCCUCCUCCGCGGCGGCAUACCGCAGCAAGCCCGCCUCCUUCUGGGCGCUCCUCGCGCUCAGCGGCGGCGCGAUGCUCACGGCGUUCCCGGCGGCGAGCCUGCUCUCGCGGCUCUACUACAACGGCGGCGGCCAGAGCAAGUGGAUCCUCUCGUGGUCCGCCGUGGCCGGCUGGCCCAUCCCGGCGCUGCUCCUGCUCCCCUGCUACCUCUUCAGCGACGCGUCGCCGACGUGGCCGCCGUCACCGUGGCUCUGCUUUUGGUACGCCCUGCUUGGCCUGCUCAGCGCCGCCGACAACCUCAUGUACGCCUGGGCCUACGCGUACCUGCCGGCGUCCACGGCGUCCCUCGUCGCCGCGUCGUCGCUCGCCUUCUCCGCCGUGUUCGGCCGCCUCAUCGUGGGGCAGAAGAACAGGAUAGGCCUGUCCACGCUGAACGCCAUCGUGGUGAUCACCGCCGGCGUGGUGAUCAUCGCGCUGGACUCGGGGUCCGACCGGUACCCGGGGGUCACGGGCCGGCAGUACGCGCUCGGGUUCGCGCUGGACGUGGCCGGGUCGGCGCUCCACGGCCUCAUCUUCGCGCUCUCGGAGCUCGUCUUCGACAAGUACCUCAGCAACGGCGGAGACGGUGCCGCCGCGACCCGCUUCCACGUGGUGCUGGAGCAGCAGGCGGCGGUGUCGCUGAGCGCGUUCGCGUUCACGUCGGCGGGGCUGGCGGCCACCGACGGGUUCGCGGCGAUGCGGCGGGAGGCCGCGGGGUUCACAACCGCAGGGGGAGGGACGGCGGGGUACGCGAUGGUGGUGGGGUGGUCGGCGGCGACGUUCCAGUUGGGGGUGCUGGGGGCGACGGGGGUGGUGUACCUGGGCUCGACGGUGCUGGCCGGCGUGCUGAACGCGGUGAGGGUGCCGCUGACGAGCGUGGCGGCGGUGGUGUGGUUCCACGACCCCAUGAGCGGCUUCAAGAUCCUGUCGCUGGUGAUCACCGUGUGGGGGUUCGGGUCCUACAUGGUCGGUCACUCGUCGGCGAAGAAGUCGGCCAGAGAGAGGAAUGUUUCGUCUCAACAACAACAUAGGCGGCCAAAUCAAAUUAGGAGCUGA